AUGGCGGCUACUCCAAAUCCAUGGUUCCUGCUGAACCAUGUUAGUUACGAACAAUUGCAAAAGCUGGGAAAGGCAAUGUGGAACUGGGACAUCUGCGACACAUGCACUGGCGACGCGACGUGCAAUCAGGCAAAAUGCCCAUGGAGUAGAGCAGAACGUCUUGACGCAUUUUGGAAUCGAUACAAGGCUCUCACGGCUGCAUAUGUGCCGGAAGACACGAAUGGCUCAUCUCCAGCCUUGUCGUCACAUGACGAUCUCCUCCGACUCAUCCAGGCUAUCCAAAACGACCCAGAUCUGGACCGAGAAAGCAUCGUCAAAUCUCAUUUCUCAAUCCCAAACUCUAACAGGAAAGUUUGUACAAAUCCCAUUGAUCAAGAUCGGGUGGUGAACAUAGCAGCCAGUGUUCUGUUCAUGACCAACUGUGGAACAUCGCUCGACUGCGCGGAUAUCCUCGAGGAAGGCGGUCCAUCCAUCUCGUGGCGCCGCGGUUUGACCGUCACAGAGUUCAUUUCGGAAGCAUUUCCACGUGAGAGUGUUGGUUUUCUAGAACACAGCUUGGGAGAUACCAGGUUAUCCGACUUCCUGGACGCGUUGACUGCUAGUAAACUGGUGAAGGCAGGGUUCAAAUUUGAACCGACUGAUGAUCUGCGCGGCCAUUUGACCAUGGAUUACAGUGGAAAGAGAAAGAUCGUCCGGGUCUUCCAUUGUUCUGCUGUGCUGAAGGAGAUGUUACUAGCAAGCCGUCCGGAUGGAAGUCGUUGUUUGAUCCCACGAUUACUCGCAUUGGAAGUGUUGGACACGCUGUACUGCAUUCUGUUUAAAGACGAUGCAUCUGAAGCACUCGUACCAAAAUACGAUUUGGACCCGGAUUUGAUGCAAUGUGGCGUAUCUCGAUACCGACGGAAGGAUGAACCAAAAGUCGACUAUACCUACUUUGGUACCCGUUUGAAGGAAAUCUACGACGAGAUACAGCAUCCAAGCCCUCGUCGCGAUUGGGAGAAUUGGGUCCAAAAGUAUAGUGCGCAAAGGCACAUGCUAAUGGCAACAAUGAUUGGUGUCUUCAUUGCGGUAGUCAUUGGGAUCCUAAGCCUCGGAAUCUCCGGCUUCCAGGCUUAUGUCUCGUACCAGCAGUGGAAGCACCCUGUGAAGGAUUCAUAG